CUCUGGUGAAUUCUAGGGCAGUAUUUUCUGACCAAAAUUUAUAGUUUAUUAUUUGGUUUUAUGUUCGAAAUCUAAUUGUUAUUGUAUACUUCGCUCCAUUUCUUCUUCUACAGUUUGUGUGUGUUGUGUGUAUACAAUGGAAAAGGAAGAUAACGGAUCGAAACGGAGCUCCUCUGCUUCUGCUGUAUCCUCGAGAAGAAGAAGAAGAAGAGUGGUUGAGCCAGUGGAAGCGACGUUACAGAGAUGGGAGGAGGAAGGGUUGGAUAAAGCUCGUAGGGUUCAAGCUAAAGGUUCGAAGAAAGGUUGUAUGAGAGGAAAAGGCGGACCAGAGAAUCCGGUUUGUCGGUUUAGAGGUGUUCGACAGAGGGUUUGGGGGAAAUGGGUUGCUGAGAUACGUGAACCAGUGAGCCACCGUGGUGCAAACUCGAGUCGUAGUAAACGCCUUUGGCUUGGAACGUUCGCUACUGCAGCCGAAGCCGCCUUGGCUUACGACAGAGCUGCUAGUGUCAUGUACGGACCCUAUGCCCGGUUAAAUUUCCCGGAAGAUUUGGGUGGAGAAAUGAAGAAGGACGAGGAGGCGGAAACUUCGGGAGGAUAUUGGUUGGAAACUGACAAAUCUGGUCAUGGCGUGAUUGAAACGAAAGAUCGAAAGGACUAUGUAGUCUACAACGAAGACGCUAUUGAGCUUGGCCAUGACAAGACUGAGAAUCCUAUGACUGGUAAUGAAAUAGUGAAAUCUCUGAUUAUUAGUGAGAACCCAGCAGUGAAAUCAGAGGAAGAUUACAGCUAUGAUCGAUUCAAAUUGGAAAAUGGAUUGAUGUACAAUGAACCUCAAGGCUCCAGUUAUCACCAGGGAGGUGGAUUUGAUUCAUAUUUAGAGUUUUUCAGAUUCUAGCUUAGUGUUUAUGCUGCAUCAAUAUACUAUAAGACUCUGU